AUGAGUCCGCGGAAAGACUGCUGUGUGAUCUGUGGAUAUGACAUCCGUGACUAUGGGACCUUGGAAGGCAAGUGGCUCAUGGAAUUCCGAGCCAUCGGAAUUAAUAACAGUACCGAUGACCCAUUACAAGCGCCAUCCGAUCCAACAAAACGAUAUGACGACGAGAAUUACGAUCGACAUCUAACCAAGGAGUUCUACGUGACCUUCUGCUGGGAGCAAACUAUUGCAUUUGUCUCUCAUGACGCUUGCUGGAAGCUAUUUGAAGAGGCUCUCAAACCCGAUAACAUCCCUCUCAAACGAUUUAUUGAUAUUUGCUCGUCCUUGCCAUUGAUACAAAUAAUGGGACUUUUCCACUGGGGCCAUACUUAUGGAGGCAUCUACACCUUUGACAAUAUCUCCGCCUUUCCCUGGGAAUAUAGCUUUUUGGAUCAAGCUUUGGAUGCAGAGGCCUUACGAUGUGCUAGGGUGAACCCAUGGAAUAUACCGACCCUCCGCGCGCUAAUGGCAGAAACUGCCCAUAAACCGCCGAUGGCUGGGGCUCCUAUUUUGAAUGAAUCCAGUGAUUGUUUUAGACAAUUUCCGUGGGAGAUUCGAGAAGCUAUCGCCAAUAAACUAUCAACCCGUGAUGCACUGAGUCUACGUGAGUCCUCGAGAGCUUUCCAGCCUCUGUUGGCAAGCUCGACCUUCUGGGCAUCCCGAUUCCAGCCUGGAUUAGAUCGUGAAUUUCUUUUCGAAAGUUAUAGAAGACCGGAAAUUCGAGAUUGGCUGUCUUUGUACCGCAGUACCAGUCAGAAGCGAAGUCCUCCCGGACUCAAGAAUCGGACCAGAAUCUGGAAUCUCAUCAAUUAUAUCCUUCCCCUUCUAAAGCUAAGGCUGGCACAUGAUGAAAGUCGUGAUUGGGCUUAUAAAAGCCAUGAAACGAGAUUAGUCGAAGCCGAUGCAAAGCUCAUGCAACUGGUUCACCGCCGCAAUGGGUCUUCAAAUGUGUUGAACGAUGGUUGUCGACUCCUGAAGACGCAACAGGCUCAUAUCCCGCAGAGCCUAGAUUCAAUUGCUUUAUCGUUCAUCGAAGUGGGGAAUCAUGGCCAUCUGACCGGUAUUUGCUUUAGCUCAAAGGAUGGGAUGAAAACUCAGCUUGGAUAUCUAUUUCCCAAUGGCACGAUGGUAUACAAGGUUGAAGAUCUGAGCGGGUUCGUUCUGGCUAUCGAUCCCAAGGGUGUCCGGGGUGUGAAGAUCGUUCAUAGCAAUGGAGAUCGUUCGGCAUGGUUUGGAUUUCCGGAAAUGACGCCCGUCACUGAGCGUCUGAGGGUUAUCGAUACUACGAAACCCAUACGCGUCAGCGUUGAUGUAAGAAAUCGAGCCCCCUUCAGCUUGCAAUUCCUAAUCAUCUAA